AUGGGAAAUCUGUCCGCACUCUUUCUUACUCUGCGCUUGUUCCAAAUCAUUGCUCUGGCUUUAUGCUCUAGUUCUGCUCAGCAUCUUGUUCUCAAUCGUCGGGGCUCACCGGCCUCCAGCAAUGCCACUUCAGGUCUGUUGUCCACAACGUUCGGCACAAAUUUCGAUGUCAAUGUCACCAUCGGCGGGGAAACAUUCCCUCUCCUUGUCGACACUGGAAGCAGCGACACUUACGUGAUGAAGAAGGGGUAUCGGUGCUUCGACAAGACCAACGGUACCGAGCUCCCGCAAUCUGCCUGUUUGUACGGCAGUGCGACCUAUACUCCGUCCGCUACAUAUUCUCAAAUCCCGAACGAGAUUUUCGGAGUUCAAUAUGGCGCCGGCAUUGCCUCCGGUGUCUUAGCCCAUGAAGAGGUCACUCUUGCUGGCAUCACAGUCAAGAAUGCAACCAUCGCAGUGGCUAAUAGUUCAAGUCCCCAGGGCGACGGCGUCAACUCCGGCAUUCUAGGCCUUGCGUAUCCCGCUUUGACAUCGGGUCAUCCGGCCAAUGUCACGGACAACACGACAUACUUUUAUAACCGCCUCACAUACAAUCCCUUGCUGUUCGUCAUGCACCAACAAGGUUUAAUAGAGCCAUACUUCAGCCUGGCACUAGCACGAACACCACAGAACAGUACCUCAGGUUUCGGGGGGUACUUGUCUCUCGGCGGCCUUCCACCCGUUCCGCACAGCGACGCAUUCACCAGCGUUUCGGUUGAGAUUGAUAAUUCCGUCCCCAUCCAAGUCACAUCCAACGAGCGCGUCCGCGCCUACUGGACGGUUACCGUCUCUUCUAUUGUCUACGGGCCUGGUAACGGCACCACAUCCCAUUCUGCCCCUCAACCUAACAACAUCACGACCUCUUCCACACUCAGAAAUGGCACCUCAUUCCAAGCAUUCAUCGACAGCGGCAAUUUCUUCUCCUACCUUCCUGACACAGUGGUCACCAGUAUAAACUCCCUGUUCUCGCCUCCCGCUGUCUUCGAUGCAACGACUGGUUUAUGGUACGUCGACUGUGCCGCCACCGCACCUCAAUUGGGCCUUGAGAUCGGUAAUCAGACAUUUUUCCUCGACGGGCGUGACCUGAUCUAUCAGACCGCUCAACCAAGCAGCGGUGAGGCGCAAUGCGUUUCCAACCUCUUGAGUUCGGACUUUAGCGGGGGAGCAUACGGGGAGAUUACGUUGAACAUCAUUGGCGCAGCCUUUCUCAAGAACGUGCUUACCGUCUUUGACUUUGGAGCCAAUGAAGUCCGGAUGGCGAAGUUGGAAGGAGAGGUUACUGCGAGCGAGGGUCAAGGUCAAAGUGGAAACGGCAGUAGUGGUAGGAAUGGUAAUGUUGAUGGCAUUUCUGGAAGCGGGACUGAUGAUGGGACUGCUUCAAAGAGCGAUGCUGGCCCAUCUGCGAAGACUUCAAUCUCCGGUUCAUUCUUCGCCCUGCUGACCUCGAUCGCUGGUGUUGGGAUCUGGUUGUUCUGA